GCUCCGACCACCGACGCGGCGAACAGAACUCCUGAUUCCCGCAGAAAUAACUCACCGCCGGCGGCUGUUACUUCACUCCCGGAGCUUCGGGCGUGUGCCCGGGACGUCAGCGGGGGCUCCAGACACCCACAGCGGCUCUUUGUCCUCUCAACGAACCGCGGACUUUUGUUUCCCCCGCGGUUGUUGUGACGCUAACGUUAGCUUAGCCAGCUAGCAUAACAUCCACUCACCUCGCUAGCCCGCAGCCGCUUCCUGUCCUGACCCGGCGUCCGAGCGCCUGAGCAGCCGGGGAACGGGGACAAGCAGCAGGGUAAGAGCCGGAGAGAAGCCGGAUAAGAGCCAUGACGCAGACCGCUGUCCAGUCGUGGAGCCUGGGACUAACGCUACACUUGGUUUUAGCCGUCGCUCUGCACCAGGCUUUUGCUACCGUUGCUCCACCUACUGUCGCCCCGACCACCGCUGCACCGCACAGAGACCCCAGCAGCCCUGAAAGAGGAAACUACGUGGUGAGCAGCAAUGGUUCCGCCUGCCUGCUGGCAUCCAUGGGCCUCCAGCUCAACAUCAGCUUUACCUCCUUGUCCCAGAAUAAGACCGUGCAGGAGGUUGUAAACAUUCAGCCUAACUCAAAUAGCUCUGGAUCAUGCAAGUCGGACGUCGCCACCCUGACGCUCACAACAGAUGCAGAGAAAACCAACCUCACCUUUUCCUUCACCCUGAAUACAACAUCCAACAAGUACCACUUGAGUGACGUGAUUCUGUCCGCAGCCUGGCCAGACAUGAAAGACCCCGUCUCAGUGCACAACAACAGUCUGGACUACUUGCGAGGAAGCCUUGGCUUCUCGUACAUGUGCCGAGAGAAGCAAACCCUGGACGUGGUCCAGACUGUGUCCAUCAACAUCUUCCAGGUGCAGGUGCAGCCGUUCGGUCUGACUGGAAGUCAGUUUGGAGCCGCUGAGGAAUGUCAGUUGGAUGAAGAUGACAUGUUGAUCCCCAUCAUCGUGGGAGCAGCUUUAGCGGGUCUUGUCGUGGUCGUGCUCUUGGCCUACCUCAUCGGCAGGAAGAGGAGCCACGCUGGCUACCAAACCAUCUGAGGUGGCUCGUCACUCUCACACCCCCCCACCCCUGGGCCGGAGAGCGAUAAUAACCACCCAUGAUAUUAACCACUGUUUUAUGAGACUUAACACUUCACCUUGUGCCCCUCUGUCCCUGCACCCUUCAUCUCUGUGUGUGCUGUUCCUUGCCCUUAUCAGUAACACUAGCUGUCAUCACUUUGUGAGAUUGAUAUGUGCUUUCUGAACUGACCCACUCUUUCAUUAAAAAAGGGACGUUGUUUGGAGAUUGAAGUGAAGUGAGGGAGAAGCAGAGGAUGUUGUCAGAGGGUCCGCGAGAGUCCUCAACUUGUGUCGUACUAUUUAUGAUUUCUGUAAAAGGAAACUUUGGGGGAUUUGAGGGAAUCGCUACUGUAGCUUUUCUUAUCCAAUUCCGGGUGACCAUGUUUAAUGGUGUCACCCAAGCGAGGUGUGUUAUUAUGAAGGGAAUGUUUCUGGCUGUUUAACUUGAUCCACUUCAGACAGUGAAGAACUGACAUUUUUUAUUGAAACUCGACAUUUAGGCCAAGUUUGCAGAUUUUAGGGAACACGCUAAAAACAUGGAAACCUAAUGAAAAGUGUGUGUGUGAGGAGACUCCUGAGUGGCUGUGCUAUAUUUAGCAAUUCAUUUUGUCCACUGGGAUUUGUGAUGAAAUGCAUGUCUUUCCUUCUUAUAGGUACUCAAAACAAUUUGUAUGAAGAUGCAGCUGCAGGCUUUGUAGGGUUGAAGGCAUUUUAAGCUUUUUUUCAUUUCUCAUGAAGAGGUAGUUUUGUUGUUUUUUAGGAAAUGGGCUCAUUUGUUCACUUGUGAGGAUUUAGAUGAAACGAUUUAUAACCCUCUUAUAUUCACUGAAUCUCUAGCUACAGCAAGGACAAGGUUUGCUUAGUUUGGCAUUAAGACUUGAAGGGAGGCCAAUUUGUUUCAAGUGUUCUCGGUUGGGAGCAUUGUAUUUUGGAGUAGAUUCUAGAAAGUGAACAUAUCAGGCGUAUAACCCGCAAAAAUCACAAUUUACCAGUUUUGCACAUUGGUUCUUGUACAGAUAUAUUAAACUAGACACAGUGGGAUGUUAGUCUUUAACUUUUUGACCCCAAUGUGUAACACACAACACAUCAGGUGCUGAUAGGUGGAUAUUGUUUUUUAUCUCCUUGCUUCCAGUCUCUAAGCUAAAGUAACCAUCUUCAUGCUGCAGCUUCAUAUUCAUUGCACACAUGAAUAUUACGUAUAUCCCAAAGUUAUGAUUGGGUAUAUUUUGGAUUCCUUCGAUACAAAAUCGACUCGCCAUGAUUUUCUUAAACAAUCUAAGAAGUGCUGUCGGCUAAGUGCAUGAAAAAGCUCAGGACAUAAUUGUAUGGACAUAAUAAUAUUGCUCUGUUAAAGUCCACUGGUUGGUUUUGUUUGUUUGUUUAACUUGGAUUUGGGCCUGCUUGGGACUUUGGUUGCUGAAUGGAAAGAAGUUGCACUAAAGUCCUGACACCUGGCCCUGUGUAACUGUUCAAAUGGCCAAAAUGCUCUGGUCAGGGUUCAUCAGUGCCUUCCCAGCUGUUACUUGGGUGGUAUUAUAGCAAAGCCAAUAUUCACAGAGGUGCUCGCUCACUCAUCGACACCACGCGCUGCCAUUUCUGGGACAUUCUCUUUGUGUCUCACGUCGCCAUGUACUGUUACUAGCAUUAAUAUGCAUUGUUUGAUGUAAAAUGCGAAAGUUCCAUUUUUUGUUUUGUUUUUGUAUGUUUCUCUUCUCCCUCAUCUAAAUAUCCUUGUAGUGACUUGAUAAGGUUUUAAUGGAUUCAUUUGAGCUGUUUUCUAAAGGAAAGGUCAAUAAAAGUGAACAAACAUAA